AUGUCGCAUUGCCACGAUGAACAUGGCCAUCACGGCCACGACCACUCCGAAGGUGCCGCGCACGAUCAUACCGACGACCUCACUCCGGCUUUGCAAAACCACAUCUACGAGCAAAUCGACUUUAGCGCCAUCAACACACUGAACGAAGCAGAGUCCAGAGUAGGAUCCAAAAUCGUACAAAAGACUUGGACGGAAAGACUAGAGCCUACGCCGGAGCUGGUCUCGGAUGCGGACGAGCAACUUCUGAUGCACAUCCCAUUCACGGCGCAGAUACGGCUACACAGCAUCUUGAUACGCACCUCCACGACGGACUCCGCGCCGAUGACAUUGAAGGUUUACGUCAAUCGUGAUGGGCUGGACUUCAGUACGGCGGCGGAUUUGCAGCCGACACAGACAUUGGAACUGGCGCAGUCGAACGACGUGCAAGAAGUGCCGGUGAAGAGAGCGUUAUUCAACACUGUGCGGUCAUUAGACCUUUUCUUCGAAGACAACUGGUCGCAAGGCGAGGAGGAUGAGACGCGGAUAAGCUAUUUGGGAUUUAAAGGAGAGUGGAUGAAGCUCAGUCGUGAGCCGGUGAACUUCUUGUAUGAGGCUGCGGCGAAUCCCAAAGAUCACCAGCUUCCUGCGGGAGUGGGAGAGAGACUGGGUAGCGAUAUCAGCGGCGCUGGAGGCAGGCAGGGGACGUAG